CAGCCGCCUCAGGAUGAGCAAGCUGUCGUUCAGGGCCCGUGCCCUGGACGCUUCCAAGCCCAUGCCGAUUUAUAUGGCUGAGGAACUACCGGAUCUGCCAGAUUACUCGGCCAUUAAUCGUGCUGUGCCCCAAAUGCCCAGCGGCAUGGAAAAGGAGGAGGAAUGUGAACAUCACUUGCAAAGAGCAAUAUGCACAGGUCUGAUCAUUCCUACUCCUGAGGUAACUGAUUUAACAGAUGUGGAAGCUUAUGAUAAAAUAUACCCAGCUGACUAUAGGCUACCUCGUCAACUUAUACACAUGCAACCUUUUGCAAUGGAACAAGAUAUUCCAGACUAUGAUAUGGACUCAGAAGAUGAAAAAUGGGUUGCAGUACAAAGUCGUAAGAUGGACUUAACUCCUCUUCAAUUUGAAGAAAUGAUGGAUCGUUUAGAGAAAAGUUCAGGACAAACUGUAGUCACUCUUAACGAAGCUAAAGCACUUCUGAAAGAGGAUGAUGAUUUAAUUGUUGCUGUGUUUGAUUACUGGCUGAAUAAGCGUCUUAAAACACAACAUCCUCUUCUAUUAACGGUUAAAACAGAACAUCGGUUUGGUUCAGCUGCCAAUAAUCCUUAUUUAGCGUUUAGACGUAGAACGGAAAAAAUGCAAACGCGUAAACAUCGUAAAAACGACGAAACUAGUUAUGAAAAAAUGCUGAAGCUCCGUAGGGAUCUUAGUAGAGCAGUUACCCUUUUAGAAAUGGUUAAAAGAAGAGAGAAAACCAAACGAGAACAUUUACAUCUUACAAUUGAAGUAUAUGAAAAAAGAUAUCAGGCACAAGACUUUAAUGGACAAAUAUUGGCAGAAGUAUCAGCGUUGAAGACACCAAGACCUGCUUUUGCUCCACUGUUCACGAAUCAGUUUGGUGUUCAUCAAAAUUGGGCAAAUAAAGUCUGUAGUAAAGAUGAUGUAGUACCCAGGAAAGAAAAAAGACAAUAUAAGAAGCGAAAGCAUAAAACCGAUAGCAGGGGAGGAAAUUUGGAAGAUAAUGGUGUACGGGGUGGAACAGGUAGUGGAGGUGGUCGAGGAAGUCGGCCUGGUGUUCUUGGAAGCGGGCUGGACCCGCUAAUAAGUUCAGACGAAGAUAGUCCGCUCCCAUCUCAUUCACAUUCUCAGCCCUCGGUUCCUUCAGAUCGCGAUGAUGAAGACACUGCUGAUGAGGGUCAAUUCACUUUCCGACGAAAUAGAAAUAGCACUUAUCUACCACCUGUAUCAGGUGGAUUUGGAAACUGGCCUUGGUGUGAUAAAAGUGAAGGGGGCUUGGCUGAUAAGAAGUAUAGGUUUGCACUGACCAGUAUCAGCAAACCAGUACCGAGAUGUAUUGGUUUCGCGCGGCGGCGAAUUGGUCGGGGUGGCAGAGUAAUAUUGGAUCGCUGUUCAACCGAUAUGGAUGAUAUGUGGUCUUCUCUAGAUUUUACAAUACAUCAACCAAAACGGGAACCAGUGGAAUCUGAUACAACUGCCACAUCAACAAUUCCAAUCAAGAAGGAGUGGUUACAUUUCCGACCAAAGACUCCACCUGUGUCAGUGCAUAGUCCAAGUGAAGAAAGUAGUGAUACGGACUCAGAUGUAGAGCCAACAUUAACUCCAUCGAAACCGCUUCCAUACCCGUUCCCACCUGAAGCAACAUCUAUCUGUGUGGAAGUAGAGCCCGAGCGUGUAGGAGAUGAACCACCUUUUACAUCAGAAUUCAAUAUCGCUGAUUAUUUCUCUGUGGAUACGCUAUCGGACUUUGAUCUUGCCGUUGCGAGUAUAACCGGUAGUGCGUGCAUUAGUGGUCUAUCGGAUAAUAACUCUAACGAUAUGCGGACAGACGAACUGGGUAGUUCACAUUUUGUUGUGACUCCGCUACCUAGCAGUCUUUUGGCACAGCCUGCAACACAACAGAGUCGGCCUCAGUGCAGUGGUAGUGGUUUUAGUGUUGUAAAUACUUCUACGAGUUCUACAGUCCCGUCGUCUUUCUCGUGUACAACCAACCAACCGACAACGUCGAGUGUAGUAUCUACGCAAUGCAUAAGUGGUGCUACUGAGACACAGUCGAACCAGUCUAAACAGCAACAACAUAGACAAUUACCAAACAACAGCAAUUCUGUUUCCAUUCUGUCUAAAUCCUUGACUAGUCCAACGAAUAAUAGGAAUGGCGGUAGCUGUGGCAGUGGUAGUGCUGGAGUCAGAGUGUUUAGUGCAAGUACCACAACUAGUGGAACAAUUACAAACUUUGGCAAUGGACAUCAAAAUGGGCCAUUGUCUCAUAUAAAUAACUCUAAUAAUCUUUCAAAUAGCACUCACGUUGUGAAUAAUCAGUCAACGAUAGUUCUGCCACAAAAACAUCCGCCGUCCACUCUGCUACCUGGCUUUAUCACACAGAGCAAAUUGGCGAGUCUCGCAAGGCAGCAACAACAGACGCAGAGUCAGGCGCAACAAAUCCCAACGUCCGGGGAAAUUACGCUUAAUAGUAAUAGUGAAAAUUUGGAUAUGAAGGUGGAUGGAGUGGAAAAUGCAACUUGCGAUGGUAAACCACAGCAACAGCAGCUUGUACGGGCAAAUAAAACAAAUUCCUUAGCGAUGGAAGUGACAUGAUGCCUGCUAUCGGCACCCCUGUUGCCGCCAAUACGUCACUGGGGGCUUCGCUAACUUUACCUUGCCUAUGUCUGUCUACCUUCUGGAGACUGAACAUACACUACGUGCUCGUUAAUGCGAAAUGCGGUACGGCUAGAUUGCAGAAAUACUCUGAUCAGUUGCCUGUUACAGCGAUGACAACGGAACAGUGUCAAUUCCAUUGCAAGUACCAAGUUGUUUUGACCAUGAAAUAGACUAUAAUUUAUUUCUCUAAGUCGUUUGUUUCCUUGCAACUUGAACAGUCACAAUUAUUCGAGGCAGUCACAGUAUUUCAUUAAAUCUUUAUAAGGAGUAGUUCAUUUCUUUUUGGUAUAUUAAAUUUAGUAUUAGUUUCAGACUGUUGUUAUGUUUCUUCAUUUCUUAAUAUAAAUAUCUUUUUAGAUGUUAAUAGAUAAAUAUGAAAAUAAUAUAAUGUACAUACUCUUUGUUUUCUGAAACAAAAAAUAGUUUUGUUCAACGCAAGGGAACUUUUAUAUUUGACAAAAUUAUAGCCUCAUUUUUAUCAAAAACUUGGCAGAACUCCUUUCUCAUUUUUUUACUCAUAUGCAAAUGAUACCAUUGAAAUAUGUUUAAUGAAGUUACUAAAAUUAUAUCAUAGGCUUUCUCAAACACAGCAUUAAUUAUUUUUAUUCCAGAAGUAUUACAGAGAGAUUUUUGUUUCAGUUUUCUUUUAGAAAUUUUGCAUGUUUGGAAUACAUAUUCGUAUUUUUGACAAUUAGAUAAAUCUGAGAGAAGGUAAUGACUAGUACACCAUAAAAUAUUGUAAAAGCUAAUUCUAAAUUAUAUUAUUUUGAAAUAUGAAAUCUAAACUUUUGGCGGUAUAUUUCUGUGUGUACAUUUAUGAUUGUAAAUUUUAUUUAAAUGAUAUAAACUAGAGAUAGAAUAGAUACCUCUUGUGAACAAUGUAUAGUAAACCUUUUAUAAAUAAUCUUAAUACAUGUUGUUUUUUCGAAGCUCUUGAUGAACUCAAAUUAAUUUGAUUUACUGUGGAUUUUUAUGUUUAUUUCAAUACUGUAUAUACAUACAUUCAGUUUAUAUAUAAGAAAGUAUUCAUCUUAUUUCUUUACAAGUAUGUUAAAAUAGUAGUAUGUUAAAAGCUUUCAGGCUGUGAAAUAAUGAAACUAUUAACAGUAAUAAUCUUUAUAUUAGCACAUAACAAAGGAGGUUCUAAUUGUUUUAUAGUUUUGAGGGCCACACAUUUCUAUUUCAGUAACAUACUUUGAAUUAAUAUAAAUGUAAAUAUAAAUUAAUAUUUAUAUUUAUAUAUUUAUAUUUAUAUAUAAAUAUUAAUAUAUUUAUAUAUUUAUAUUUAUAUAUAAAUAUAAAUCUUAAUGUUGCGUUUGAGAAGCUUGUAUCAUGAAAAUCUAUAUUACAUUUUGACAAGUUCAUGACACUAUGGUUAGGGUUUAUAAUAUCUACACAGAACAUGUAAAAAUUUUCGUCUUUCAAUUUAGUAAUUGCGAGUUGUGGAAAUAAGAAUAACGAUUAAUGAAUUUAUUUGCCAUACAAAAUAUGAAAGAAACGAUUUUUUCUGCAUAAUGAUAUAUUAAAUUUUAUUAAUUAGCUUGCAAGUAAAUUGAUUAUUCUUUUUAUACAAAAAAUUGGCAUACAGUGAAAUUGUGUACUAUUAAUUUGUUAAGUACUUUAUAGCAAGAUUUAAGUAACAGUAUUUGGGAAAAUGGGUAUAUCUUAUAUAUGUAUAUUCAUACCAGUAGAAUUCUUUACAAAAAAUUGAUACAUUACAUAAAUAUUAGAAUAAUAGCUGAGUCUGUGUUUAAGCUUUAAAUAAGGGAUUAUCAGCUUCCUGCUUAAAUCAAUCGUAUCAAUGAGUACUAAUGCCAUACAAAAAUUUAGUUGUUUAUGCAGACAAACAGUUUUUGAAAUCUACUGGUAUAAUUAUACGAAAAUUGAGAUUGAGGCAUUUACUGGUACAUAAUCCAUAUACUUUGUUACAUAAUUUUGCAGAUAAAAAGAAAAGUUUAAUUACCACUAGAUAAAACCAACAUGAAAAUGAAAAUAGUUACUGAAUCUGCGCACAUUUUUAUGCGCGUUAUUCUCUUCCUCUUAGUCUUUCUGCAUUAUUGUCUCCCAUUCCAUGUAACUGUAUAUCGAGAUACUACAUUAAAAUAUAAGCAUUGAAUAAAAAAAUAAGUUAGCAAGAAAAUUGACAAUAUCGAGAUUCUAAGAUGUUUUUAUUUGAUAAUUGAUGAUACGAAAGAAGCAGUUGUUUUAUUUGAAAGAAAGAUUACACAUUUAUUACAAUUACACAUUUCAUAUUUCUGUGUGGCUAAUAGGAAGGACACCUAUAAAAAAAUACAUAUAGUUACUUAAAAUAGAUUAUUAAAUAUAUGAGUUUAGAACUGACGAAAUUCAUGAGUAUCUGUCGCAUAAUUCUUAUUAUUAUUUAGAAAAGGUUUCAUUCACAUAUGCAACACAUUGUCUGUUGUUUAUUUGAAAUUUGUAGGCACUGAUCAAGACGAAUAAUAUCCUAGCCACUUGGACUGAAGAUUUAUAAUUUAAGUGUAUUACGAACGGCCAUGGCAAAGUCUUUCAGGUAGUCAUUCAUUUUCCAGACUUGAAGCAUAGAAAUUUUUUCCAAGUAUGCAAUAAAAAAGUUCUUUCGCGAGCCGUAAUACGAAAUCAAGAGAAAAAUAUAAUGGUGCAAAUGUUGCAAAUUCUAGAGACUUCAUGAAAUCAUAAUAAGAAACAAACAAAAAAGAUAUAUUGUACAUAUAAAAAUAAUUACGCUUAUUGUAUCUCUUACUUUUAGGUAAUUAACUAAAAAAUAACUGUAAUUAAUGUUGUUGUGGUAGGUGCACAGCGAUGUGUAUGAAAAUUUAUGAAUUCGGGACGAUUUUAGAGGAGGAGUAAUAAAGAAAUUUUAUCCUGGAUAGGACUUAUUAUUUUGUUAAGAAUUUCACUCGCCUGUAUAUUAUAUAACAUUUUGUGAAAUCUAAUUUCUGCCACAUUUGUAUAUAUACUUUAGGUAUCUGAUUAUUUCUCUCGUCUUUCUCAAACUCACCAUUGAACAUGAAGUGCUAUUUCACUUUUCUUAAUUAUAUUUACAAAUUUUCAAUUAAGUCGUAUUUCAUUACCUUUCUCAUUAUUUUGUUUCUUUUCCCAUUCAUAUCUUAUGUUUCUUUGCAAAAUUCAUUUAUGAAAAGAAGAAAAUAUCUUCCGUCAUAUGAUUUUGAGAAAGACGAGUGAUAUUAUGCGGAAAAAUAUUUCCAAGAAUGUACUUGUAAAAAUCAUUUGUUUAUUUUAGUUGGAACGCUUUAAACGAAAUAUAGUGGUACAUGGAUUUUUAUAUAAAA